UCAGGUGCAGCUGAUGAAAUUGGUGACGUUGCGAUUAAUUAUCGCUAUUAGAUUAACAGCGUUCCCACUCGCGACACCUGGCGCGUGGGUCACACGCUUCUCCACCUCCACACGCGGUGGUCUCCAAGUUAGGCGGGAAGCGGAAGAGCUCGAACCCUAGAAUUCAAUUUCAUCCUCAAUUUCCACUGCAAUCCUCUUCUCUCUCCGGAAAUGGGCAUCAAGGGACUGACGAAGCUACUGGCGGACAAUGCCCCGAAGUCGAUGAAGGAGCAGACGCUGGAGAGCUACUUCGGCCGGAGGAUCGCAGUCGAUGCCAGCUUGAGCAUCUAUCAGUUCCUCGUUGUGGUUGGGAGGAAGGGGACUCAGAUGCUCACCAAUGAGGCUGGUCAAGUCACCAGUCAUCUGCAAGGCAUGCUUUACCGGACGAUUAGGCUGUUGGAAGCGGGGAUACAGCCAGUCUACGUAUUUGAUGGUAAACCUCCUGAUUUGAAGAAGCAAGAGCUUGCAAAACGUUUUUUGAAGAGGGCAGAUGCCUCUGAGGAGUUGGCAUUAGCCAUUGCGUCUCAGAACAAGCAAGACAUAGAGAAAUUCAGUAAAAGAACUGUGAAGGUGACACAACAGCACAAUGAAGAUUGCAAAAGACUACUAAGACUUAUGGGUGUCCCACUAGUUGAGGCUCCUUCAGAAGCAGAGGCACAAUGUGCUGCACUUUGCAAAGCUGGAAAGGUUUAUGCAGUUGCUUCUGAAGAUAUGGAUUCCCUUACUUUUGGAGCUCCUAGAUUUCUUCGCCAUUUUGUGGAUCCCAGCUCAAGAAAAGUUCCAGUCAUGGAAUUUGAAAUUUCCAGGAUCUUGGAGGAGAUGAAUCUGGAUAUGGAUCAAUUCAUUGACCUUUGCAUUCUCUCUGGAUGUGACUAUUGUGAAAGCAUUCGAGGUAUUGGAGGGCUGACUGCUCUUAAGCUCAUCCGUCAACAUGGUUCCAUAGAAAACAUACUAGAGAACAUAAACAAGCAAAGGUAUCAGAUACCCGAUAAUUGGCCCUAUGGCGAAGCUCGACUGCUUUUUAAAGAACCAAUAGUUUCUACGGAAGAACAACCUGAGAUAAAAUGGACUGCUCCAAAUGACGAAGGCUUAAUGUCCUUUCUAGUGAAUGAGAAUGGGUUCAACAUUAACAGAGUGACAAAGGUAUGGCUUCUAUCUUCAGUAAUGUGUUGGUCAGUUGCCUACUCGAGGAAGUUGCUUCUUUUCCUCUGGAGGAGAGAGCAUACAUGUUUUCAAUGUUGUUUUACCAUGUGUAGCAGACGAUAGAGAAGAUUAAGGCAGCUAAGGAUGAGUCAUCACAAGGCCGGUAACUAAAGCGUGAAUAAAUGAAAGUGACUUCCAAAAUGCACUUUCUUUCAUCCGAUGAUUCCUCAUUUAUUUUCUACAAAUUAGAAUC